AUGGCCUCGUCCAUUUCUGAGGCUCAGGCCGAUCUUAUAAGGUUGGGAAGUUCUUUGUCGCCUGACGACAUUCCCAUAAAGCUGCGAUGCGCAAUCUGCAGUCAAUCAAACCUUUUGCCGUCCUGCCCUGUUUGCGAGCACUCGCCUUUGUCGGCAGACGACUGCAAUCCGAAUAAGUCCCUGAGAACCACUAUCAAAGUAUUCCUGCGAACGGCCGAGAAGAAGCGGGAGGCUAGCCGACCGAAAGAGCCCACUGCCGCAGAGACAGCCGAAGAGACGCAGCCUCGGGACAACAAGGAAGACCAUUCCGCUUCUGCAGCACAGCAAAUUAAGCAGCAAAAUGAUAAAUCUCGUGAAGAGGAAGGGAUCAAGCGUGCGGCGGGCGAUGUCGCGCCAGAAGGUGCGCAGCAGAAUGAACAGACGGCUAUUACUUCCAACGGUGAUUCAGCAACGCGGGACGGUUUUGGUGGUGCUGGGAGCAACGUAUCUGCCAAAGGUGGCGACCAUGAGCCGCGAACCGCGAACGAAGCCGAAGAUCAGCCAGAGAACGAGGCCGACGAUGACGAUGAUCAAGUCGGUAAUGACCAAGUAAAUUACGGGUCCGACUCCAUGAGCGGCGGCAUGCCCAACAUGAUGUUCUCAGGCUCGGGUGACUUCAACCAGAUGCAGAUGAUGAUGGCCAUGCAAAAUGGCAUGGGUAACUUCCCAAUGAUAGGCAUGCCGGGAAUUGGUAUGGACCCAAUGACAAUGCAGAACAUGUACAUGAACGGUGGUUUUCAAGGCAUGGGCAUGAACGGCAUGGGAGGCGGGUUCGAUGGAGGAUUUGGACAAGGCUCCAAUAUUAAUAACUGGAACGGUUCGCAGUCGUGGAAUUACGACCAGAGUAAUUACAAUCAAAAUGCUAUUGGCAUGGGCAAUGGUGAUUUUGGGAAUUUUAACUCAGGAUUCCAGACAGGCUACAAUCAAGGUCAUUAUGGUCAAUUCAAUGACUAUCGCCGCAAUAAUUUCGGACGCGGUCGCGGCCGUGGCCGUGGCUACUACGGCGGCUACGGUCGAGGAGGUUACCAGUACAACACCAACACGUCCAACUAUCCGAGCGGACAGUAUUCACAACGUGGCGGUCACGGCUACCCGGGCCAGGGUCUGGUCGAUGCCCAUGGACACAACGAAUCCGGAGGUGCCAAUGUACCGGACAAUGCCUCCAAGCAAGAUAACGCCCAGGGAGAUGACCAAGGAACGCAAGAAGGCGAGAAUGCUGCCAGCGCUCCGCAAGCUCAGACUGGCGAGCCGCCGUCCCGUGACACUCAAGCUGCUCAAACCAGCAGCAACAUGGCCCGCCAGGGCGAGUCAGGAGCUAUUCGUUCCGUCUUAUCAGCUCCAGAUGUGCCUAUCAAUGCUCCAAAGGGUCCCAAAGCCAUGAGACAGGGGCUACCAAAUACUAGUCUACAUCACUUACGGGCCAGAGGGUACCAAGUUGACGACGAACCCCAGCAACCGAGGCCACCCUCUACGUCGCGACCACCGACUGGGCCCGCGGCUGCAUCCCGCGGCCAAAGUGAAUCUCAUGACCGUGAACAGGAUCAAGACGCUGCCGCUCCUGACGGUGGCCACGACAGCGGGGAGCAGCCCAAGGAUUCGGAAAGACAUCAAGGGGAAGCACGAGGAGCCGUAGCAGGAGCGGCAGCCGAAGCCGAAGCCACAAAGGCUCGCACAGGCGCCGGCGCCAACGCUCCGAGCCUGCCAGAAAACACCAAGACGACGACGGCGAACGACGACGACGACGACGACGAUGACCAGCAUCAUCCCAAAGACGGCAAACGUGGUGAAAAGUCCCGAUCCGCGUCACCAGACGACUCUAAGAGGGGCAGUCAUCGCAGCCACAGGGACAGGGACCCUGAGAGCAGGAGGAAUAAGGACAAGGACAAGAAUCGCGACGACGACCGUCAUCGACCCCACCGGGACAGAAACCACGACACUCCACGCCGUCGUGGCCGAGACCGCGACAGAAAGAGAAGGGAUCGCAAAGACAGGGGGCGCCGGAGAGAGAGAGAUGGGGACCGGGACCGCGAUCGCAACAGGGACAGAGAGCGAGACCGAGACCACAGGCACGGCAGCACCAGUAGAAGGGGCUCGACAGACGGUCGGUCGACGCCCAUGGAACAAGCCUCUGCUUCUCGGGGCCCCAAUGCGCGGGGCCACGACAAGGCCGGCCGGGACAAGGCCAGCAAGUCCAGCACCCCCGUCGACGCGCACACGCUUGAGCGUGAGGCCCGCAACCGCGAACGCUUGGUCAAGGAGGCCCAGAGGAUGGCCGGCCUGACCACUGUAGCCGGCUCCAAACGCAGCCGCGACGACGGCGCCGACGAAGGCUCAAGCCGCAAGGGGCGGAGGGCCAGUCGCCGCAACGAGGCCCGCGACGGCGCCGACGAGGAGGAGCGCAUGCGCCGUCUGGAAGCCGAGCGGGAAGGUGGACGCUGGGGCUAG